AUGGCACGACAUGCCGAGGUUCCCAGCGACGCAGCUGGAGCUCCUGUUUCCGCCGCUUCGGAUGGCGCCCCUCGCAACCGCAUCAUGGCUCACAUGAACGGCGAUCAUAAGCGCGAACUUUCUUUGUACCUACGACAUUACCAUGGCCUCAGCCGCGCUGCCGCCUCCUCACCGUGGCUCAAGGACAUCAAUUUCGAGGGCAUGACCAUCGCUGCCGGCGGCCUCGGCGGCAAGGAGUUCUUCAUCGCUUUCGACCCUCCGCUAAAAUCGUGGGCCGACGCACGCCCAGCCGUCGUUGAGAUGGCGCACGUCUCGCAGAAAGCCCUGGGCUUCAGCGAUAUUACUGUGUCCCAUUUCGAGGCCGCGUCUGGCGCCGCGCUGGCAACUUUUAUCGGCGUUGCCUUCUACUUUUUCUGCUGGUUGACACUUGGAUUCGUCCUGCCCGGCACGCCUAUCUGGGGCUUCCUGCAGAACGUGUUUCCUGGCGGUGCGUUGUUCUACCGCUGGCUUGUCAAGGCCAUCUUCAUCCCCGUAUUGGGAAUCCACGGCGCCGAGUGCUAUUUGUUCCAUAAGACCAGGCUGGUAAAGCAUGGCAUCGAGUUUGGCAUGGGCCUUUGGUGGACCUGGAUCGGCAGCGUUUUCUUCGAGGGGUACCCUGGGUUCCUUAGGUUUGAUGCCAUCGUUGCGGAGAAGAGGAAGGAAAAGGAGAGCAAGAAACACUAA